UUUGUGGAAAAUAAACGAAGCAUUAAUUACAUAGCAUAAUUGUGCUCAGCAGCUAAGGCGUUAACAUUUAGACUCCACCCCUUACUAGUCAGCUGACUGCGGCGGUCAUGUGGCCUGUGUUUGUUCUUUUGCCCUGUGUGUGCGGGCUGACAGUCGCUUGAAAAGAAGGAUGGGUGCUCAGCUGCUGCUUAUAUUCAUGCUGUUCUCUUUGGGAGCAGCGCAACAGGCUGUUGUGUCAGUCCUCUUCGACCCGGCCACCGGGAACAUUACCACGGUAGAGGAAAAGAGGGUGGUCGGCGCUGUGGCUUGGGCUGAGCUCAAAGACAGUAUCCUUGAAAAUGGGUGGGCUGUUCUGGAAGUGCAGACUAAUGGAACCUUUAAUGACAGCAUCCAGGCUUAUGCUGCAGGGGUGGCUGAAGCUGCUGUUACUCAGAGGUUGAUUUUUAUGCAUUGGAUGAACACAAUGAUGGGAUAUUGUGGUCCAUAUAAGUAUCAAGCUACAUUCUGUGAGAAACUGAGGGGUUAUUUGGAAGCCAACCUUGCCUGGAUGCAGGACGAGAUGGAGAAGGGGCAGGACCAGGAAUACUGGCAUCAGAUCCACCUUGCACUGCUUCAGCUGAAAGGUUUGGAGGACAGCUACAGUGGCCGCAUUUCCUUCCCUCAGGGCAAGUUCCAUCUGAACCCAUUUGGCUUUCUCCUCUUUCAGAUUGGUGGAGAUUUGGAAGAUUUGGAACCUGCGUUGAACAAGAGUGAGCCUAAGAGAGUGCUAGGUUCAGGAUCUUGUUCAGCUCUUGUUAAACUUCUGCCUGGAAACAAAGACCUGUUUGUGUCUCAUGAUACUUGGAACACAUACCAGUCUAUGCUGAGAAUUAUAAAGAAGUAUACCUUUCCAUUUCAAAUGACACAGAAUGGGGGUCCAGUUGUGCCUGGCUGGGUUCAGACUUUUUCUUCCUAUCCUGGUACCAUAUUCUCUGGAGAUGAUUUCUACCUGCUGAGCAGUGGUCUAGUGACCCUGGAAACUACUAUUGGAAACAGUAAUGAUGCUCUCUGGAAGUAUAUAAAGCCACAGGAUUCGGUAAUGGAGUGGCUUCGUAAUAUUGCUGCUAACAGACUGGCGACAGGAGGUCAGGAAUGGGCUUCCAUUUUUAAAAAGUUCAAUAGUGGAACUUAUAAUAACCAGUGGAUGAUUGUGGAUUACAAUAAAUUUAAUAUUGGACAGACAGAUGUUCCUAAUGGCCUCCUGACAAUCCUUGAACAAAUUCCUGGUAUGGUAGCUGUGGCAGAUAAAUCUGAUGUGCUCUACAAAACUGGUUACUGGGCCAGCUACAAUGUCCCAUAUUUUCAGGAGGUGUUUAAUGCUAGUGGUUUGCCAGCCCUAGUAGAGAAGUUUGGGGACUGGUUUACCUAUGACAAAACUCCACGGGCCCUGAUAUUCCAGAGAGACCAUUCUAAGGUGAAGGACAUGGAAUCAAUGGUGAAGCUAAUGAGGUAUAAUGACUUUCUUCAUGAUCCCCUAUCGCGCUGUAGUAGUUGUAACCCCCCAGAAAAUGGAGAGAAUGCAAUAUCUGCCCGUUCUGAUCUUAAUACAGUCAAUGGCACUUACCCAUUUGGAGCUAUGCGACAACGGCAGCAUGGGGGCACGGAUAUGAAGCUCACAUCAUAUGAAAUGGCCAAGAAGUAUGAAAUGGUGGUAGUGAAUGGACCCACGUGGGAUCAAGUUCCACCCUUUCAGUGGAGCACUUCUCCUUUCAGCAGUCUUAUGCACAUGGGUCACCCAGACCUCUGGAAGUUCUCUCCUAUAACUAUCCGCUGGCACUGAAGCAAAGUCCCUAUCCACAGGGGUUUUUUUUUUUGUUUUGUUUUUUUUUUUCUUCUUCUCCUUAGCGCUGCUUAUAAGCAGAAACUGUUAGCUUUUCACAGGAUAGUGAUCCAAAACACGAUCAUAGUAUUUCGCUUUGUUGCCAGAGAUUCAGCAUUUCAAAUGUUUAUGACAGAGAAAUGUUUCAUAAAGAAUCUGCUCCCUCUGCAACAUUUAGAAAUACAGAUCUGUUUUUUUACUGAGCUGUGUGCAGGAAGUCAGAUAUGGUUUUUUUUUUUUUUUUUUUUUUUUUUUUUUUUAGUGCUUGCACGAGUCUGCAGAAUCAGAGCUUUGUGGAGCAAAGCAAAUUGACUCAUUGUUAACCAUUGAGAUUCUUUAGACACCUUUCCUUUAGAAAACUAAUUGUUAUUUGAUAGCGAGACAAGCUUGUUAUACAUUUAACAUAAUUCUGUCAGUUCAUCCAUUACAGUGCACGGUGGUUUGAGGCCAUAAAAUAUAAGACAAUUGGGCUCCUUCUUAAUACUGAAUUUCGCAGGCUUUUGCGUGGUCAUUUAGCAGCCCAUAAGUUACUCAUUUGUGUCCCAUGGGUACUUGCUAGAGUGGCUUUUGAAUUCAGGGGUUGCCAUGCCUACUCACUACAGAAGGAUAAAGUGCACUAAAGGACUCAUUUAGAGCCAUGUCUGCAGGAUAUCAUAUUUCUAGAAUAAAGGGAUCUGCUCUGUGCUUUUAGGGUGCCUCUGUAUUUUUCUAUCUGUCUUUUGUCUGUGUUUGUAAUAGUAUGACUUUUCUUGCUUGGAAUGAAACUGCACACACUUCAUUUUUACUGCGCUUGGAAUUUAAAUGCAUAUUUCUGGCUCUUCCAGCUCUUAAGUUCAAACUCACUCAGAAUUCUCAACCUUUUUGCUUGGGAUGAUGGGAGUUGUUCUUUAAACAGUUGAAGAGCAGAGGCUGAAAAACCCUGAAGUAGGUACUAGAUAGUGGAGCCUUGCAGGUUUGCUUGUUAAGCGCUCUGAUCUUUAUCACAUUUUGUACUACUGAAGCCUCUUGUGAUGAAUGCAGUGAGACUAUUUGUACAAAAUGAACAAACAGCACUUAACCAAAGAGAUGUAAGAAUUCGCAUCUGCAGCAAGCGCUCUUCAUAUGCAAUUGUGUUCUUUGUAAAGCUGAUUACAGAGCAAUAAUUUUUUUCAAUGAAAAGUUAAUUAUUUUAUUAUGCAUCAGUUUUUAUGAAAUGUUGCUAUAUAUGUGAUUGUAUUAAUAAAAUCAGAUUGUAACAGUUUGAUACAGCA